AUGAAGACUCUUAGAAGAAUACAGGACGUCUUUGAAAUCGAGAGAAACAUAGUUGUAGAACCAGAAGUCAAAAAUUUAAUGUUGGAUCUUGAAGACUGGUUCAGUCUAAUAGUAAAAUCUGAGAAUAUACUGAGUUGGAAAAACCCUCGAUCAACAUUGCUUGUGAUAUUUGCAAUCACUAUUUUGUUUCUGUUGGUUCACGUAUACGAACCACCGAUCCUGUUGGUUAUUGGUUGUUCAGGAUUGCUUUUAAGCUUAAUAGACUACUUCGGACCCUUAGUUUUGUCUAGAGUGUUCAAUAAACCUCCAAGUUACGAGGAUCACUGGUGUUAUUGGAAUUUUUGUAGACGUCUUGUCCACAUGCGUCAUGUACUGAUCAACUUCUUUGUUUUUGUGCAUAAAGUUCGAUAUAGAAACGCGACUCUACAUUUCCUAACUAGUUCAUCUCUUUUGUGCAUAGUUGGAUUUGUUGGACUACAUAUUAGUGAUUUGUGUCUGGUUUAUCUCUUAAUACUCGUUUGCUUUAUCGCACCAAAUCUGCAUCCUAAAGGAAUACUAAAGGUCAUUGUUUGGAUCCUCUGGUAUCCUUUAACUAUUCUUCGAUCUUUCGCAUCAAAAUUUCGGCCAGGAAUACCGAAGUUUUUUACUCGGACCCUGCGUGUAUCAAACAAAAACACUGAGAAAGACCAGUGA